ACGGUCUCCUGGGGUGCCUUAAUCACUACACCAAACUGGUUCUGUAUGUUACUUACUAUGUUGUGUCGCAUGCAGGCUGAACUCUUGAUUCAGCUGGAGGGUGUGGAGGCAAUAAAAUUGACCCGCCUUACAGCCACUGGACAGAAAAUGGAAGACACUUCCAAGGAAAAAAGUCCAGAACAGGUACAGCUACACAGGGGAAUGGGAGGAAUACCCCAAAAGAAUAAUUCCCAGGUAGAAGCAGCUUCUAAAAACCAGAAGAGAACAGGAAAACAAAAAGCCAGACACUCUGGAUCCAGAAGAAUCAAGCCCAUUGCGUCUCAAGGAAGCUCCAAGGAAUGGUCAAUUCGGCAAAGAAAGCGAAUGUCCAAGAAACAGCAUCCAUGUCCUGACUGUGGGAAGAUCUUCAACAGAACCUCUGCUCUCAGUGCCCAUCAAAGAGUCCACACAGGCGAGAAGCCCUACAAGUGCACUGAGUGUGGGAAGAACUUCAGCAAGAGUUCACACCUCAUUGCUCACCAGAGAAUCCACACAGGAGAAAGACCCUACACUUGUUUGACUUGUGGGAAAAGCUUCAAUCACUCUUCACACGUGAUUAUCCACCAGAGAACUCAUACAGGGGAGAAACAUUACAAGUGUUUGGAAUGUGGGAAAAACUUCCGAUACAGUUCUGAUCUCAUCAGGCACCAGAUUGAACAUGGAGGUGAAAAACCCUUCCGGUGUUCAGACUGUGGGAAAUGUUUCAAUCGGACCUCCAACCUCCUUAUCCAUCAGCGAAUACACACAAAAGAGAAACCUUAUAAGUGCCUUGAGUGUGGGAGAAACUUUAGUUACAGCUCCGUCCUUAUCAGGCACCAAAGAGUACACACCUCUGAGAAGCCUUAUAAAUGCCCUGACUGUGGGGAAAGCUUCCAUGUGAAUGCGAGUCUCCUUACACACCAGAGGGUACAUACGGGAGAGAAACACUAUUCAUGCUCAGAGUGUGGGAAAAGCUUCAGGUGGAUAUCACAUUUAAAUAGGCAUCAGAAGAUCCACACUGUAGAAAAACCUAUAUAAAUUCCGAACACUGGGAAAUCGUCUAUGAGUUCCAAUCUUAAGAUACAGUAUAUUUUUGGAUGCUAUAUUCUUCUUUGUUCCUCUAACCAAGCCAUCAUACAUUGUUUGAUCUAAUUUUAGAUUGUAAGCAACCUGUGUCAAGAGCAUUCUUUUUUAAAGUAAGAUAGCAUAAUUGCAUUUCCCUUGGGACUUUUAGGAUCCCUGCCCCACCUGACUUUUUUAACAAAUAUUAUUUUAAUUAAAAAGAAACUAAUGGAAAGUUUAUGUGUUGCAAAGCACCAGCCUCUAGUAACAUUCUUAUUUGACGGAAUGCCUGUGGAUCUUAUACAGGCUGUGUGAGCUUCCUUAGAAAAUAAAUAUGGUGAG